GCCACUUCUGAUUCAAACCUUUUCAGGUCUAAGCUUUGUAGGUCUUCACUUCCAAAGUUCAAACUUAGCACCUGGAAGUCUUGACGUAGAACUAUACUCUCUAGAUAGUUUUCAUUUUGGUCUACAAUAAGAUGAAUAUCUUCAAUGUUAUGUGCUUGGCGUUCCUGCUAACCCAAGCUAAUGGACUUUUAUUGGGAAAUGUGGUGGAAAAAGUUCUGAACACUGGGGUCCAAACGACCAACACUAUAUUCCACAAGAUCUGGUGUGCUUGGCUGGGAAAACUGAUACCUUGCAAAGAGAUGCCUGGCGAACAUGGAUCCUCAGCUCCUUUACCCACCCGGUGCGAUGCCAUCGCUGACAUACUCACUAUCGUGGAUGCCUCCUCCAGCAUCGGUCGGAACAAUUUCGACAAAGUCUUGUCUUUGUUGGCUAACAUGGCUGCAUCUUUCAAAUUAGGUCCCGACAGAGUCCGCUUUAGCUGCGUGGUGUUUAGCGACAGAGCCAGUAUUUGGUUUAAACUAAAUGACUACAACACCAUAGAAGCUGUUCAGAAGGCUUUCUUGAAAGCACCUUAUUUUGGAGGUGCAACUUACACAGACAAAGCACUGAGUCUUAUUCGGAAUAACAACUUAUUUGGAAGCGCCGCUGGAGGUAGAGCAAAUGCCCCUGACAUCGGAGUUCUCUUCACUGAUGGCCAGUCCACCAACCCACUUCAAACUCGGAUCUCCGCCAAUCUUCUGAAAAGCGAAGGCGUCAAAAUGUUCUCAGUAGGUAUUACUAACAAUGUGAAUGAUGCCGAACUCAGAGGUGUAUCCAGUGGCCCUGAGUACGUCUUUAGAGCAAAGAACUUUGACGACUUGGCGGACAAGUUGGCCAUUAUUGUUAAUAAAACUUGUGAAGCCAGCAACGGAGUUCCAGAGACACCAGAAGAGACGGAGCCCCCGACCACCGAAAGCACCACCACUUCCACAACAACUACUACAACAAAGACGAAGCCCCCGACCACCGAAGGCACCACAGCUUCUACUACAACUAAAAGAACAACUACUACGACAAAGGCCCCACCACCAGAGGUGAUUCCUUGCAGAAAUAUAACAAAAGCUGACAUCAUGAUCGUCGAGGACGCGUCUACCAGCAUUGGCCAAGCAAACUGGAACAUUCAGACCCGAUUCGCUGCUGACGUAGCAAAUGCAUUUACUGUGGGCCCUAAUGAUGUUCUUUUUGCCGCGCUUAUUUUCAAUCGCAAUGUGACCAGGAACUUUAAUUUUAAUACAUACACCAACAAAGCUGACGUCGUCAAGGCUUUGUUGUCUAUCGUUUAUCCCUACAAUCCUGGGACAUACACACACUUAGCAUUUUCAGAGAUUCGAACCAAGAAUCUAUUUGGCACACAAUGGGGUGGCAGAGAGGACAGCAAAAAGGUUGUGAUUGUAUUGACGGAUGGCCAGUCCGCUUACCCAGAUAAAACUAUCACAGAGUCCCAGCUCCUCAGGGACACAGGUGUCUUAAUCAUAAGUGUUGGCAUUGGAGUGACCAAUACAGCUGAGCUGGAAGCCAUGGCCAGCAAGCCAGAGUACGUCUUUACCACUGGUAGCUACGAGACUCUGGACUACAUCAAGAAUGACCUGGUCCAACUGGCAUGCAAGAACUGAGAAUUUUUUUCUCCAGAUGUCAUGCCAAUGUUUAAAAGAGCGGCUUUAAAAAAAAGUAAUAACACAAUUGAAAAACACAUUUUAAAUUAAAUAAAUACAAAAAUAACAAUAAUGAAAAAAUUGUUCAA